UCUCAUUGUCUCCAUGGCUGCACACGCGUUCCUCCUCUGCUCCCUCGCCUUGCUCUCCACUCUGAGCCUCAGCCGACUCGGCCUCUGCUUCUCUGACGAGGAGCUGCAGCCGGGACUCGUCUAUGAAGAAGUGCCUGAGAUCCUGGACAGAAGCAAAGAGAAUCCCAAACAAGCAACAAGAGUCACAUCAAGUCAAGAUGGCGGCUACGGCUUAGAUAGUGAAGAGGUUACUCUGACGCCUGAAGAUGAAAGCCCACUCAGGAGAAUACUGCAGCCUUUUAAUUGGCACCAGCCGGGAAUGUCCCACAGCAAGAGGAAGCUACUCCAGUCUCUGAUGGGUCCUUAUGGGCCUCUGAGCGUGUCUUACAAUGGGAAGAUCUGUAUUCUGUUCAAGGCAAAGCGCCUGGCAAUCCGUUACAGGAAUCACACCUUCAUCGAUCUGACAGAGAAGGUCUUCAACCCCACUGCACCCGUGGACACUAAAGGGUCCGUCUGCACCAAGGACAAAGCUACCCUUUCAUUAAAGUUCGGAGAUGUGGAGGACUUGCGAGGUCUAGUAAUCAGGCUUCAGAUGUCCAACACCUUUUAUGAGGCAGCCGGUCAAAACUGGUUCACACUAGACAGCGUUCACAUCCACUACAACUGGACCCAAGAGGCUACGUUCAACGCCAGCGAGGUCUACGCUCCUGCCACCUCAUCCUACCAUUGCCAGCACGUCAGCAGCCUGCACAAAUAUGACACCCUGCUAGUGCCCAGCUCCCACACUGACACAUCCGCUAACUGGCACAUCACUUUCACUGAUUUCCAGAUCCAGGCCUUCAAUGUGCAGUCGAACAAGUUUGCAUCAGCCAGCGACUGCGCCACUUUCCUGACGCCGGCCAUCCUCAUGGGCUUGGUGACAUCCUUGAUCCUGCUACUUGUCUUAGCCUACGCUCUGCACAUGGUGGUACACCUCAAGCACAUUGACCGCUACGAGGAACACAAAGCUACCGUCUAUUUUCCCCGUAGUCCGGAGGCCGAGUUACCGGACAAGAACAGCCUGUGAAGGGAAAAGAGAAGAGCGAAAGGAUGAAGAAAGGGGAAGAGAGGGAGAAAAAAGCGGAGAAGCCGAGGAGCAAGUGAAUCCAAGAGUGAAAAAGUAUCCUCCACUGAACAUUUCUUAAAGAAAAAUGACAAUUUUGCCUGUUCUUACCAAAACCUUAGUCUUAACUACUUUAAGUAAACAUGAAAGACCGUGGCUUGGAUACUUUUUCUUCUUUCCUCACUGACCUGCAUCUUGGCAUCCAUGUUUUUAUGAAGGCCUUUGGAUGUUCAAGCCUCUCCCUGGGAGAUGGUUCCUGAUCCUAAAGGUCGAGGACAGCCCCCGGGCCCUGAAGGGCAACAACAGGCCUUUACCCCAGCCAGCCAUUAAAAACCACAACAGGCUAGCAACUGUAGCUAAGACAGCUAAUGUCAGAUGCUCCUGGUUAAAUGUAUGUUACAUCAAGCUUUUAUUACACUCACAUCAACCUUCCAGCUUUCAUUACAGUGUAUUUUGUCGAAUUCUGCUGCAAGAAAUGUGCAUAUACUUCAAAACAGACAAGUUUUAUAGCUAAAAUAGCCGUAUCAGCUGCAUGCCAUAAACCGCUGGUCUGUCUGGGCUAGUGCAGUGUUUCCUAAUAAUAAGGAUUAUGGAGAGUCUUGCAUGAGAUGCAGAUAAAAAAUGAUCAAAUAUGGCACAAAGCGGAAGGAGCUUGAAAAGCUUUUUGAGUGUGACUUGGAUGGAAGUAUCGGGAACCACUGGUCUAGCAUCUGGCUGGAGUGAACGGACCAGCACUAACUGACCCUUCAGAGCCUCUGGCGUCUCUCUCGCCUUGCCCCGAUCAUGACUGCUCGCAUGGGACUCAACUGUGAAACGGCCUUUUACAGACCAGCCAGACUGAAGGGGUUCAAAGUGUGUGGGGGGGGGGUUCUAUAAACUAGCACAACGUUGGUUGGUUAGUCGCCGAAGCGCUAACACCAAAAACAAACUAUAAAAGACUAUUUACAAGGAACUAUGCUGCACAAGACGGCCCGUCUGAGGGCGUACAUGGCAGGAACACGGGGUCUUGGGAUGACUUGACUCUCUAAGAGUCGACAUGUGAACAAAAAGAGGCCACGGCGUCCUCCAUCGACGCCACUGGAUCUGACUGCCAAAGUGAAGCUACAAUGGAGUUGCCAUAAAACAUGGUGAGCGACAGUGUAAGACAAUGUGAACGUGAAAGCUAACGUUACAGCUGUGUACAAAAAAACUAAAAAAAACACGUACAUGUACAGAAAUGUCACUCCGCGGAGGUCAUCUUAUUCUUUUUUUAUAUACAAUGUAACCAUAAAAUACUAUUAGGUACAGGAUGACUAUGCUAAUCCUCAUAACCAAAAGGAUAUACAAAGCUGUAGAUACGAUCUCUAUACGAUCAUAGCGGUUUACGAUCAUCAAAUAUUGCACAACUAAUAAACAUAGGUACAAGUAAGACAUUGUGCUAUGAGGAUUGGUGUCAAUGCAUUAUGAUUUUUUUCUUUUCUUUUCUACAACGUAUUAACAUAUUACACUGUCUAUCUUAUUUUGUUUCAUACUGUACCCGACAAUUAAAGGUCUGGUUCCAUCUUAACUGUAAAUUACAGUACAAAUUCCAACCAUCGAUGGACGAUACCGUGGAAUGCCGUUCCCGCUCAUCUGGCAAUUUACAGAUACUCUUAUCAUUAUUUUGCCAGAGGCCACACUAGCAGCAGUUAACAGUGACAUCAGUGAGUCAUUACUACUGAUUAAAAAAAUAAAAAACACAACAGCAUGACAGUAAAUAGAUAUCUUAACAUUCGAUAUGGCAGUUCUGUCAAUCUGUAGCAGUGUGAAAUGUGUUUGGUCAUAAAUGUAUCCUACAAAAUAUGAAAUGAGUGGAGGCGACAGUUGUUCAACGACCAACUGGUGUAGAGUGAACAAUAAAUGGUGUUCAGAGGAAAACGUGUGCUGUGGUUAUUAUAUGUAAAUCAAUGUAUCGAUGCUGUCACGGCCACGUUGACAC